GAGUCGUCACUCACACAGAGACUGAGAGAGACAGAGAGAGCUGCAGUUUCGGUCUUUGACAAUGGAGGCGCCUCCAUUUUCUUCUUCUUGUUCUUCGUCCCCGUUAUCUUCAACAGCUCGACUAUUGUCUUCGUCGUCUCCGUCUUCAUCUCUCUUAUUUCGUCGCAACAGUUUCAGCAAAACUCACUAUUCCGCCAAAUUCAAAUCUCCUAGAAACCUCUCAGUCCGAGCCUCCGGAGACUCUGUUGUGACGCUGCUUGAUUAUGGAGCUGGAAACGUUCGUAGCGUGAGGAAUGCGAUCCGCUAUCUCGGCUUUGACAUCAAAGAUGUGCAAACUCCAGAGGACAUUUUAAAGGCAGAUCGACUUGUUUUUCCGGGUGUGGGGGCAUUUGCCGCAGCCAUGGAUGUGCUGAACAAAAAUGGGAUGGCUGAAGCACUCUGUUCCUAUAUUGAGAAGGAUCGCCCUUUUUUGGGCAUUUGUCUCGGACUUCAGUUACUUUUUGAGUCCAGUGAGGAGAACGGACCAGUAAAUGGUCUUGGGUUAAUACCGGGUGUGGUUGGGCGUUUUGACUCGUCAAAUGGCUUCAGAGUACCCCAUAUUGGCUGGAAUGCUUUGCAGAUAAAAAACGACUCAGAAAUUUUGGAUGAUAUUGGAAACCACCAUGUCUAUUUUGUUCACUCUUACCGUGCUAUGCCAUCAGAUGACAACAAAGAGUGGAUAUCAUCUACCUGCAACUAUGGUGACAAUUUUAUAGCAUCUAUUAGAAGAGGAAAUGUGCAUGCAGUUCAGUUCCAUCCAGAAAAGAGUGGAGAUGUUGGUCUUUCAAUAUUGAGAAGAUUCUUGUAUCCAAAGUCAACCACGACAAAGAAGCCUACUGAAGGGAAAGCUUCAAAACUUGCAAAAAGGGUAAUUGCUUGUCUUGAUGUGAGGGCAAAUGAUAAAGGUGAUCUUGUUGUAACCAAAGGAGACCAAUAUGAUGUAAGAGAGCAUACAGAAGAGAAUGAGGUUAGAAACCUUGGCAAGCCAGUGGAGCUUGCUGGACAGUAUUACAUAGAUGGGGCUGAUGAGGUUAGCUUUCUGAAUAUUACUGGUUUCCGAGACUUUCCUCUAGGCGAUUUGCCAAUGCUGCAGGUAUUAAGAUACACUUCAGAAAAUGUUUUUGUACCAUUAACUGUUGGAGGUGGCAUUAGAGAUUUUACAGAUGCAAAUGGAAGGCACUAUACUAGUUUGGAAGUUGCUUCAGAAUAUUUCAGAUCUGGUGCUGAUAAGAUUUCCAUUGGAAGUGAUGCUGUUUACGCUGCUGAAGAAUAUUUAAGAACUGGAGUAAAGACUGGAAAGACUAGCUUAGAGCAGAUAUCAAGAGUUUAUGGAAAUCAGGCUGUAGUUGUAAGUAUUGAUCCUCGUAGGGUGUACCUCAAGAAUCCCAAUGAUGUAGAGUUCAAGGCUGUUAAGUUGAAAAACCCAGGUCCAAAUGGGGAAGAGUAUGCCUGGUACCAGUGCACUGUUAAUGGUGGACGAGAAGGUCGACCAAUUGGAGCUUAUGAGCUUGCAAAAGCAGUUGAAGAGCUGGGAGCUGGAGAAAUACUACUAAAUUGCAUUGAUUGUGAUGGUCAAGGAAAAGGAUUUGAUAUAGAUCUAAUAAAGUUGAUCUCAGAUGCUGUGAGCAUCCCUGUGAUUGCAAGUAGUGGUGCUGGUGCUGUUGAGCACUUCACAGAGGUGUUCAUGAAAACAAAUGCAUCUGCUGCCCUUGCUGCUGGCAUCUUCCAUAGGAAGGAGGUGACUGUACAAUCUGUAAAAGAACACUUGUUAAAGGAAGGCAUUGAGGUUAGAAUUUAAUCCAAUCUUCGAGAAGUUUUGAGGCAAAUCUAUAGAGGCAUUAGAUUCAUUCUGCCGCAGGCCAAUUUAGACAGAGCUUUGUCACUUUAGCUGGGCAUGUGUUGUAUAUCUAAACUUGUUCUGUAGUGGUUUUAUCCAUGUCAAAAUGUUUUUCCUUUUCUUUUUUGUUUUUGUGUAGUACCCAAUGAUUAAAAUCUCACUGGCAUAUUAGUCUAGUAGUUUGAACAUUUUUGUUCUUGUUAUUGUUGGCAUGACUCAAAACAAUAAGAUAUCAGAUUGAUUUCUUUAGUAAAUUGUCAUUAUUCAUUCACCUC